AGAUGUUCUCAUGUCAUGCUAUUGAGGGCACUCUCAACAAGAGCCCCCGUCCAUCAGGGUGUCCCUGCCUCCCUGUGGAAGCUGGGAAAGCUGAACCACAUUGCCAUUGCUGUGCCUGACAUGGAGAAGGCCACGGCUCUGUAUCGGGAUGUGCUCGGGGCCAAGGUGAGCGACAAGGUGCCCCUGCCAGAGCACGGUGUCUACACAGUGUUUGUGGAACUUGGCAACACUAAGCUCGAGCUGCUGCAUCCUCUGGGGGAGAAGAGCCCCAUCUCUGGCUUCUUGCAGAAGAACAAGUCAGGAGGGAUGCACCAUGUUUGUAUUGAGGUGGACGAUAUUAACGCUGCGGUGGCAGACCUGAAGGCAAAGAACAUCAGAACCCUGUCAGCAGAGCCCAGGAUAGGCGCGCAUGGGAAGCCGGUAAUGUUCCUUCAUCCUAAAGACUGUGAUGGCGUGCUGGUGGAGCUGGAAGAGGCAUGA